AUGAUUCGCCGGACGAUCUACGACUCCUCCGCCGUUGCUCGCCGCCUAACUUCUCCGAUAUCGAAAUCCUCGUGUUUUCUACUCUCUUCUUCUUCACGUUCAUCUGAACACGAAACCCGAGAACCAUUGGUUUCGAAUCCGAACCUUAAAUCUCCAAUCGGAUCUCCGACUCGGGUUCAGAAGCUUAUAGCUUCGCAAUCGGAUCCUCUACUCGCUAAAGAGAUCUUCGAUUACGCUUCUAAGCAACCCAAUUUCCGCCAUUCUCAAUCUUCUCAUCUUAUCGUCAUCCUCAAACUCGGCCGUUCUAAAUAUUUCAAUCUCAUCGACGACGUUCUCGCCGAGCAUAGAUCUAGUGGGUUUCCGGUGACUGGAGAAUUGUUCACUUAUCUGAUCAAAAUCUACGCAGAAGCAAAGUUACCGGAGAAAGCUUUAAGUACGUUUCACAAAAUGCUGGAGUUUAACUUCACGCCACAGACAAAACAUCUGAAUCGGAUUCUCGAGGUUCUUGUUAGCCACAGGGGUUAUCUCCAGAAAGCUUUCGAGCUUUUCAAGAGUUCACGGUUUCAUGGAGUGAUGGCUAACACGAGAACUUACAACAUUUUGAUGCAAGCUUUUUGUUUGAAUGAUGAUUUAAGUAUUGCAUACCAACUGUUCGGUAAAAUGCUUGAGAGAGAUGUUGUUCCAGAUGUAGAGUCUUAUAGGAUUUUGAUACAAGGGUUUUGCAGGAAAGGACAAGUGAAUGGUGCUAUGGAGUUACUUGAAGAUAUGUUGAAUAAAGGAUUUGUGCCUGAUAGGUUGAGUUACACUACAUUGUUGAAUAGUUUGUGUAGGAAGACACAACUUAGAGAGGCUUAUAAGCUUCUAUGUAGGAUGAAGUUAAAAGGUUGUAAUCCUGAUAUUAUUCAUUACAACACGAUAAUACUCGGUUUUGUUAGAGAAGGUCGUGCUAUGGAUGCUAGGAAGGUUCUUGAUGAUAUGGUAGCUAACGGUUGCUCACCCGAUUUGGUAUCGUAUAGGACAUUGAUCGGAGGAUUAUGUGAUCAAGGGAUGUUUGAUGAAGGGAAAAAGUACCUACAAGAGAUGAUAUCGAAAGGGUUUUCACCUCAUUUCUCGGUAUCUAAUUGUUUGGUAAAAGGGUUUUGCAGCUUUGGCAAAGUCGAAGAAGCAUGUGAUGUGGUGGAGAUUGUGCUGAAGAAUGGUGAAACAUUGCAUUUAGACACUUGGGAGAUGAUCAUUCCUAUAAUCUGUAAAGAAGAUGAGUCGGAAACGAUCAAACGGUUUCUUGAAGAUGCGAUAAAAGUAGAGAUAAGCGGUGAUACGAAAAUCGUAGAUGCGGGUAUCGGUUUAGGAUCUUACCUUUCUAGUAAGCUACAAAUGAAACGUAAAAAUGUUAGAGAGAGGAAGAGACAUUUAUAG